UCGGGGAGCCGGUCGGGUUCCCGCUCGCCGCCGCUGCCGCCGCUACCGCCGCCCCCCGCAGCGACUCUCUCGCUUCUCCCGCUGCGCCGGCCGCGAGGGCCGCGUCGCCCACUCGGUUCUGCUGUGGAGCCGCCGGUCUGCGAUUACAGAGUCCGGGACGCGACACGCCGAGCCCCCCAUCUCCUCCGGCCGGGGCGACCCCUCCCAGGUCUACCCUCAGCCUGCGCAGCCGCCGGAGCCCCCAGCCCCGAGCGGUGCCGCGGCCCCUCGGCCACAUCCCGGGCCCUGCACUCCGGCAGCCGCCGCCCCCCGCCUGGAACAUGGACUCCGACUCCUGCGCCGCCGCCUUCCACCCGGAGGAAUAUUCCCCAAGUUACAAGAGGCGCAGGACUGUGGAAGACUUCAACAAAUUCUGCACCUUUGUCUUGGCCUAUGCUGGUUAUAUCCCUUAUCCGAAGGAGGAACUCCCUUUGAGGAGCAGCCCCAGCCCUGCCAACAGCACCGCUGGCACUAUUGACAGUGACAGCUGGGACACUGGUUUCACUGACAUCACAUCCUCGGUGCCCUUGCCAGUCUCCAACCGCUGCUUUAGCCACCUGCAGCCCACUCUCUUGCAGCGAGCCAAACCCAGCAACUUCCUGCUGGACAGAAAGAAGACAGACAAACUAAAGAAGAAGAAGAAGAGGAAGCGAAGGGACAGUGAUGUGCCUGAGAAGGAGGGGUACAGGGGUAACUUGCUGAAGAUUGACACUGCUGAUGCCUAUGGGGAGAACCCCACGAGCCCCACCUUGCAGGAUAUCCCCCAGGCCCCUAGUGACCCCUGCUCGGGUUGGGACUCUGACACACCCUCGAGUGGGUCUUGUGCCACUGUGUCACCUGAUCAGGGCAAAGAAAUAAAAACUGAAGGCAAACGGACUAUCGUCCGGCAGGGAAAGCAGGUGGUGUUCCGAGAUGAGGACAGCACUGGCAAUGAUGAAGACAUAAUGGUGGAUUCCGAUGAUGAUUCCUGGGACCUCGUCACCUGCUUCUGCAUGAAACCAUUUGCGGGCCGCCCCAUGAUCGAGUGUAAUGAGUGCCACACCUGGAUUCACCUGUCCUGUGCAAAAAUCCGGAAAUCCAACGUUCCGGAAGUGUUUGUCUGCCAAAAGUGCCGGGACUCCAAGUUUGACAUCCGCCGCUCCAACCGCUCCCGCAUGGGCUCCCGGAAGCUGUUUCUGGACUGACUGCUGCGGGUGAGGAGGCUGCAGGCGAGGAAUUGAAAGGGACGACGGGCUUCCUGGCCCUCUCUUAGUUGAGCACAGAACUCUCCGCUCUGGUGCGGGCAGAUCCCUGCCAUUCAGGUGCCUAAGCAAAAGGACAGGCUGUCCAAGGUAGAAACUGUACAUAGUGACCGAAUAAAAUCUUUGUUGGCCAAAGCUGCUGCCAGAGCCGCGUUCUCUGCAGUGGGGGUGGACUAAACACCCAAGUGCAGUGGGUUUGGUUCAGCUGAAAAUGAGGGUACAUGGUAGUUGUGAGUUUUUGCUAUCAUUGUUAACAAAUUCCCGCCAAUUGGAACAAGUGCUUAUCUGUUAGUCCUGCUACCGCUGUGCUGGGGAGGGAAGUUGUUUAGUUUCCCCAGCCUGUUAAUGAACAGCCAUAUGUGUAAGCUUUUUCUUGUGUGUUAAGUCUUUUACCAAAAGUGUCUGUGCAGCACCUGUCAAAGCUUCCCCUUAGUAGCUCCCUCUGCCUCACCGUCACCUGUCCACAGGAGCUGCUGGUGGGAACCCUCUGGCCUCACUCUGAGACGAUCCAUGCCGUGGCUUGUGUUUCUUAGGUUUCCUUGUGUUUGUUAAAAGGGACAAUGUGGCCCCUUCUCUGUGGAAAAGGGGGUUGGUGGGGGGUUGAGGUAGCCUGUGUUCACAACUCAGUUUCCUGUUUUGCACGAUGUAAAAAACCUUCUUUUUGCACGAUACAGCCAAAAGUAUUGGGCGAUUUCUUGCUGAGUGCUCUUCUCUCCAGUGGGUGUAUGAGGUGUCCUAGGGAGGCCUAGGCUAACUGUUUUCAAAUGUGGGGGUGCUUAGGUUCAUUCCUCAUCUGUUCCACUCACCUUAGUCUGGUAGCAACAUAGAGGUUAGGCAAUCACUGGGACCCAAAUGGGGUUCCUCUAAAUUAUGGGUAAAGGAAAAUUAGGAGAGAGACCUCUCACAUGCGUAGGUCUUAGUGUGCCCCUUACGCAGGCUGGCCUGCUGCUACCAUGGGGCAAGGUCAGGACUUGGACCCUUUUUUUGGUUUAUUUUGUUGAGUGAGCAAUAGGAUAACUGAGGCCUUCAGGAAUGUAUCAUUGACCUGUGUGGAGUUCCUUAGGUCUUUACUAGCAUCCUGAACUGGGGAGGCCCCUGGAGGCCUAGCUCAGGAGAAACCAGGGAGUUUGUGCUGCGAGUCCCUGCAGAACUCUCUGUUCCAGGGCAGUGCAGCCCAGGACACUGGUGGUUCCGGAGCUGAGAGGGAGAAGAGGGGUUCAGUUUUCUCCAAAAUUGACAUUGCUCUUUAGCAGUUCAAUACUUAUUCUCAGAUGUGUUUUGUAAAUUGAAUGUUUUCAUAAGCAUUGUUUCUUGUAAGGCAUGGAAAGGGAAAGAUUGCCCACAUUAGUAAUAUUUAUUUGCAGCAGGGUGGGCCUGUGGUAUCCCUGCCAGGGAGCUGUCCCUUCAUGUGGCACCUUGUGCAGGGCCAGGCAGACUUUCCACAUUCUCUCACUGAAGCACCAAGGGGCUUGAACUGUAAUUUGGCUAUUCAGAGCCUAUUUUUUGUCCCAGUAUCUUUCACACUUGUCCAGUCAACUGUCUUUUUAAAAAACAUUCUGUUGCUUAUGUUAACAUACAAGGAGAGAGAAAUAGUUUCUGAAACCCAGUUUAUUGUGAGGAUCCCCAAGGGAGAAACUGUUCUGCAGAGAAAAAUAGUAAGCUGGUUUAGAAACAACCUCUCCAGACGGUUGUCUGGCUCUGACUAGGGCAAACAUCCAAGAUGAGGUGGAGAGGAAUUUGCCAAAGAUCUGCCCCAUGACAAUGCCUGUCCAGUGUCUUCACCAUGAGAAUAACCAAAGUUCCAAAGCAUUUUUCUUUUUUUAAAAACAACAUGAGAUUUUUAAAGUGCAUUUGAAUAUGACUGAUUUUAGAGUGGAACUGCCAAUGCCUAAGAUUGUUGCGGUGCUGGAAGGUUUGAUGCCUCUGGAAUGCAUUUGAUAUUCAUCUCGGUUUCUGUUUCUUGAUUGCAUUUUUGUUCUUUUAACAGAUCUAUCCCUGUGGGUGGUGUCUUAGGUCAGACACCUUGGUUUUUUUGUGUUAGAUUGAGCUGGGCAGCUGCAAUCAGCUUCUAUAUGCAAAUUAGGCAUGACCCAUCCAGGGGCUCCUGGUUGGUGGCUAAUGAAGUGAGGGGACAGAAGAUGUUAUCCCCAGUGUAGGCCCCUCCCAUGGGCUUUGGCCAGGCCAGACACUUAACAUCGUUUACAUGGUUCUGUGUAAUUUUAAAGUUUAUGUGUAUAAAGCGAAGCUGUUUCUGUGAAACUGUAUAUUUUGUAAAUAAAUAUAUUGCUACUUUGAGGUUCAUG